AUGAAGCUCUUAUUCUCUUUUCUAUUGAUCACUCUUGCCGGACAGGGCGCUGCGCAGCUCAACCGUGUCGCACAGGCCGCGGGGAAGCUGUAUUUUGGCACUGCUACCAACAUCGAGGAGCUCAGCGAUUCUGCUUAUGCUGCAAUCAUAAACAACCGCACUGAAUUUGGCCAGAUAACCGCUGCCAACGUCAUGAAAUGGGACAGCACGGAACCCUCUCGAGGGGUCUUCACGUUCGGAGCUGGCGACCAGAUUGCUGCGCUUGCUAAGAAAAACAAUCAGCUUUUGCGAGGCCAUAAUUGCGUCUGGCAUCAACAACUUCCGAGCUGGGUGACUGCUGGUCAUUUUGACGCGCCUACACUUUCAAGCAUCGUAUCAACCCACUGCUCCGCAUUGAUGUACGUCUCCAAAUUUCAGAUCCCACUCGAGCUAAACUUUCACCCGCAAACUAAAGAUAGCUGGGAUGUCAUCAAUGAAUGCUUAAACGACGAUGGAACCUUCCGGCAGUCUGUUUUCUUCGACACACUCAAUACGUCAUUUAUCGCAACUGCGUUGCGCGCUGCCCGAGCUGCUGAUCCGCAAGCUAAACUCUAUAUCAACGACUUCAAUAUCGAAGGGCAAGGCCCCAAAUCCACGGCCAUGGUCAACCUUGUGAAAUCGCUCCAAGCACAGAAGGUGCCCAUCGAUGGCAUUGGGAUCCAAGCACACUUACUCGUGGGAGGCGUGCCCCCAACUUUGUUAGCUAACUUGAAGCAGUUUACGGCCCUGGGCGUGGAGGUGGCGAUUACGGAGUUGGACGUCCGAAUGACGUUGCCUGUUACGGCUGCUUUGCUGGCACAGCAGCGUCGAGACUACCAGACUGUGAUCAGUGCAUGCCAGGCCGUUAAAGGAUGCAUUGGCGUGACGGUAUGGGAUUUCUCCGACAAGGUUGGUGCCUUUUCUGGUCCCGAGGAAAACGCACUGGUUGACCUGUCUUUCUAUAGUUUUCUUGGGUGCCUGGAGCUUUUACUGGUCAAGGUGCCGCUUGCCCUUGGGACGAGAACAUGGUACGGAAACCCGCUAUUGACGGCAUAA